UCUAUUUUAUUCGUGCGUAGAAGUCGAAGGGAGACGUUGCUCUAGUCUCACCACCACUCACGCGUCAACACUGCAACAAUGAGAUCUCUCAACCCAACACAGUCUUCUGUGUCCUUCAAAGUGAAUGCAGCAACGGUCAUAAUUCUUCUUCUCUGUUUUACCGCCUUUUGUCGAGGUACCAACACUAUUACCGAUCACGACAGCUCAAGGUCAAAUGUGCUGGAAGGAAACUCGGACGGACUACCUCCGGAUCUUGAUCGGAAAGUAGGAGAAACAGACAAAGACCGUCAGACUGCGAAAAUAAAGAUCACCGCGGCAAAGCCGAGACCUCAUAUCCUCUUCAUUCUGGCAGAUGAUCUUGGAUGGAAUGAUGUUGGCUGGCACUCUACCUCCGAUCUCGAUACACCCAAUCUGUCUCGUCUAGCACAGCGAGGCAUCAUCUUCAACCAGUCGUAUGCACAAUCAAUCUGCUCUCCAAGUCGAGCGGCUCUCCUGUCAGGAAGGUAUCCUUUUACAAUAGGGAUGCACGUGAGCACAGUCGAUCCUCUUCGACCAUAUGGAUUACCCACAGAUGUGCCGCUGUUGAGUGAUUAUCUACAGAAACUUGGCUAUUCUACUCACGCCGUUGGCAAAUGGCAUCUUGGUUACUGCAAGAAAGAAUACACUCCAACAAAAAGGGGUUUCGACUCUUUCUAUGGAUUUCAUGCUGGAAAUAUUGGAUACUUUGAGCACGAGAACGUUUACAGGCUCAAAGGUACUAAACAAAAUCACACCGACUUUUGGAGAAAUUUGAAUAAAGUAGGAGACAAAGUGAAAGGAGAGUACACAACAUUUCUACUGGCCGAUGAAGUAAUUAAGAAAAUUUUCGAUCACAAAAGCAAUGGAGAUACACAGCCCAUGUUUAUCUAUUUGGCAUUCUCGGCACCACAUGGUCCUUUCGAGGUUCUUGGUAAAAACAAUGAAUGGGAUGGUACAAGACAAUCAAGCCGACAGAUAUAUGGAGCUAUGGUUUCUGCAAUGGAUGUUGCUAUUGGACGAAUUAUAAAAGCACUUCGAGCAACCAAAAUGAUCAGCAACACUCUUGUUGUAUUUACCUCAGAUAAUGGAGGUACAGAACAUGAAGGAAACAAUUAUCCUCUUCGCGGCAUCAAGAGUACUCUGUAUGAAGGAGGCCUGCGUGUCCCUACAUUUGUGUACGCUCCCAGACGUUUGCUGCGACACAGAAAAUACACAACCAACUCACUGAUCCAUAUAACAGACUGGUUUCCAACACUUUACAGUAUUGCUGGAGGCUCAGCUAAAGAUCUUCCCAAAAGUUUGACAGGGCAUGAUUUCUCUGGCACCAUCUUUAAAAAGGAAACGUCACCACGAAAAGAAAUGGUCUACAAUCUUUAUACAAAGAAAGGGCAACUAUUGUCGGGAGCUAUACGGGAUGAAAGGUUUAAGUUGAUAAUGGGAAAACAGGGGAAAGACAAGAAUUUCUGGUAUUGCACUGCUCCUCUCAUACAACAAAACGCCUCACUUUGCAAGCCGGCAACUUACAACGUAAAAGAAGUGAUGCCUGCAGUCGUUGAGCUAAACAUAAAAACUUCAUUUUCUUUGUUUGAUCUUGAAAAUGAUCCAUCGGAAACUAAAAAUCUACUUGUUGGUGUUCAUCGUCAUAGCUCAUCUGAACAGCAUCACAUACUUCAAACAUUUCACCGAAUGCUCGACAGGCUGUAUUACUACGAGCAGUUUGUUAAGCCGAGCACGUUGCUCGCUGCAAGCUGCUCUGUCACAUCUACAUACUCUUUAGAUGGCCAUGCCAGGAAACUUGCAGUGUCCCAACCAUUCCAACCUUUCUCUCUUCACUUUCUCAGAUGCAGUCUCUUCAUCUCCCCACCUCCUCACUUUUGUCAUUGUGAUGUGCUCAGACCAUUGGUGCCUGUUGGAAAUGCCCAAGAGACAAGACGUCGUGCUGUCAACCUCCAAUUUGCGUCUGUCAAACACGCAACAAUGAGAUCUCCCCAUUCAAAGCAGUUUCUCGCAAGGAAGCCAGAGCUGAUCAUCACGGGAGUUUGUUUGCUUGCCAUUUGGCAAGGUAUUAGCGCUAAGCCGAACUGUCAGCGAUCGAAUUCAGUGGAAGUCAACUUGGAUGGACCACUUUCUGAUAGAGAAACGGACGACUGUCAGUCGACGCAAGCGAAAGCACAGGAGAGACCUCAUAUUUUACUCAUUCUAGCAGACGACCUCGGGUGGAACGAUGUUGGAUGGCACUCUACCUCCGAUCUGCAGACGCCUAAUCUUUCCUAUCUAGCGCAACACGGUAUCAUCUUCAACCAGUCGUAUGCACAAUCGAUAUGUUCGCCAAGCCGAGCCGCCCUCCUGUCAGGAAGAUAUCCGUUUACGAUAGGGAUGCACGUGAGUUCAGUCGACACUCUUCGACCUUACGGAUUGCCAACAGACGUGCCGUUAUUGAGCGACUAUCUAAAGCAACUCGGAUAUUCUACACACGCUGUUGGCAAAUGGCAUCUCGGUCACUGCAACGCAUCAUAUACUCCAACCAACAGAGGAUUCGACUCUUUCUACGGAUACUAUACAGGAAGCGUUGGAUACUUUCACCGUGAAAACGUUUAUAAAAUCAGAGGUGAAAAGCAUGACUAUACAGACUUUUGGAGAAAUCUAAAUCAAGUGAGAGAGGAAGGAAAAGGAGAGUACACAACAUUUCUCCUGGCUGACGAAGUAAUUAAACAAAUUUUUGAUCACAGAAACAACAGGACUAAACAGCCCAUGUUUAUCUAUCUGGCAUUCUCAGCACCACACGGUCCAUUUGAGGCUCUAGCUAAAGAUAACCAAUGGAAAAGCAUACAACAAUCGAGUCGACAGAUAUAUGACGCUAUGGUUUCUGCGAUGGAUGCUGCUAUUGGACGAAUUAUGAGAGCUCUUCAAGUAACCAAGUUGUUCAACAACACUUUGGUGGUCUUUACCUCAGAUAAUGGAGGCACACAACGGGAAGGAAACAAUUAUCCUCUUCGUGGUACCAAGGGUACACUGUAUGAAGGAGGAGUGCGUGUUCCUACGUUUGUGUACGGUCCCAAACGUUUGCUACCACACAGAAAAUACACAACCAACUCACUAAUCCAUAUUUCAGACUGGUUGCCAACACUCUAUAGCAUCGCUGGAGGAUCAGCUCAAGAUCUUCCGUCUGGUGUAACAGGAUACGACUUUUCUGACACCAUUUUCAAAAAGGCAUCACCACCGAGAAAAGAAAUGGUGUACAAUCUCCAUACACACACAAAGAAACACCGACUGUUAUCAGGAGCUAUACGAAAUGAAAAGUUCAAGCUAAUCGUGGGAGAACAGAAAAGAGAAAAUAAUUUCUGGUAUUGCACGUUACCUCUCCUACAACAAAAUGCAACUCUUUGCAAGCCAACACAAGACAACAUACGACAAGCGAUGCCCGUCAUUGGGCCAGACCAUAAAAUGUUUUCUCUGUUUGAUCUUGAAAACGAUCCAUCGGAAACAAGGAAUCUACUCAUCGAUCUCCAUCAUCUCAACCGGUCCGAACACGAUAACAUACUUCAAACAUUUUACCAGCUGUUGGACAAGCUACAGUAUUACACGUAUCAAGUUGCGCCAAGUGUACGAAGAAAGAAACUAAAGACAGAAAAUCGUCAUCUAGAAUAUGGCCAACAUGGAUGGUGCUAAACGAUGCUUACACAGCUGUUAUUUCCCUGUACACGUGCAUACUAAAACCUUGCACUAAGAGUGCGCUUAAUUAAAAUUGCAAUUUGCCUAAAGUCCGUGUUGAACUAGAUAGUUCAGUGUGAAUUAUGGAGCUAAUAGUAAUGUUUCAUUUUAUAGUCCCUGUUUCUAACAGUUAACAUGAAGUAUUGGUUCAAACACAUGAAGCUGCUAGCAGCAAACAGCUGGCUGAAUAAGACAAAUCUCUAAAUAAAUUAAAAAAAGAAAUAUUAGAGUAGCAAAAUGGUGGACUUGA